AUGCCGCUAGAAAUAGUGGGAUAUGUGGUGCGAGAUCGAACCAAGGGGAAUUGCACUUACUGCGGAGUGUUCAGACGACAGCGCUUGACCGGGGGUGCUGCCAAGUUAGGCAUUGGACAUGUUGUCACUGGACAUAACGCGGACGAUGUUGCCGAGACGAUUGUGAUGAAUCUAUUACGAGGUGAUCUUCCUCGACUAGCGCGUUCGACGAAUAUUGUGACAGAGUCGUCGGCAAGUGAUAUCAAACGGAGCAAACCGCUCAAAUAUGCGUAUGAGAAGGAAAUAGUCCUGUAUGCCCACUAUCAGAAAUUGUGUUAUUUUAGUACUGAAUGCAUCUAUUCACCGGAGGCUUUUCGAGGGAGUGCGAGGACACUGAUAAAGGAUCUCGAGAAAGUGCGCCCGAGCUCUAUAUUGGAUAUAGUCAGGAGCGGGGAAGACAUGGCGAGUUUGGUACCUCUGGAAAUAAGUAGGUCUAGCAAAUUGCUCACCCGUACAUUUGCCGUGACCAUGGGGGGAGGGACAGAGCGCUAUGCCGCUGGCGGGUGCGGUAGCCAACGGGGAGGGAUAAAUGUUGGAGAAAUGGCAGAGAUGGAAAAAGAAGUGGCGGGAAAUCAGAUUGCCAAUGUUGAUGAAACGGAGAUUUUGCCGUAUAGGAAGCUUCAAGGCACUACAGGUUCGGGUCAACCGUGGAUGAAACUUCAAACGAUGCGCCAAUGCGAGAGAUGUGGUUAUAUGGCCAGUCAGAGGAUCUGCAAAGCUUGCAUGUUGCUUGAGGGACUGAACAAGAACCGUCCGAAAACCACGAUUGAAAUGGCUGCUGACAUAGAUGAGGAAGAAAGCAGUUUGACACUUAUGAGGCAGAUGGAUGGUGUUCAAUUAGCGAAUGGAAAGUAG